AUGGCGCUCAGGGUUCAGACAGGCGUGAGGACAACAGGGUCCAGAUGGGCUCUGCACUGGGUCCGGGCACUGGGCACCAGGGGCCCUCCAGGCCUACAGGCACCAGUGCUGCCCUUUGAAGCUAUCCCCCAGUGUCCUGGCAACAAGUGGGUGAGGAUGCUGCGCAUCUGGAAGGAGCAGGGCCAGGAAAACUUGCACCUGGAGAUGCAGAAGAACUUCCAGGAGCUGGGGCCUAUCUUCAGAUAUGACGUGGGAGGGGUAACCAUGGUGAACGUGAUGCUGCCCAAGGAUGCGGAGCGGCUGCAUCAGGUGGACAGCCUGCACCCCUACCGGAUGCCCUUUGAGCCCUGGGUGGUCUACCGACAGCAUCAUGGGCACAAACUUGGCGUGUUCUUGAUGAAUGGGCCAGAGUGGCGCCACAACCGGCUACGGCUGAACCCAGACCUGCUGGAGCCCAGAAACACCCAGAAGUUCGUGCCCAUGGUGGACACAGUGGCCCGAGACUUCGCCCAGACCCUGAGGAGGAAGGUGCUACAGAAUGCCCGUGGAAGCCUUACCUUGGACAUCCGGCCCAGCAUCUUCCUCUACGCCAUGGAAGCCAGCAACUUUGCCCUGUAUGGAGAGCGGCUGGGCCUCUUUGGCCCCAACCCCAGCCCCACAAGUGUGAGCUUCCAACAAGCCAUUGAGGCCAUGUUGAACUCCACCACACAGCUUUCUUUCAUGCCCCGGAGUCUGUCGAGCUGGAUCAGUGCCAAUGUGUGGGCAGAGCAUUUCCAGGCCUGGGAUGUCAUCUACCAAUAUACCAACAAGGCCAUGCAAAACAUCUACCAGGAGCUGACGCUUGGCGGCCCUCAGCACUACAGCGGCAUCGUGGCAGAGCUGCUGCUCAAGUCCGAUCUGUCCCUGGACACUAUAAAGGCCAAUGCCGUGGAACUCACAGCCGGGAGUGUAGAUACGACCUCCUACUCAUUGCUGAUGACCCUCUUUGAGCUGGCUCGAAACCCCGAUGUGCAGCAGGCUCUGCGCCAGGAAAGCAAGAAGGCUGAGGCGGCCAUCCGGGAAAGUCCUCACAGGGCGACCUCGGUGUUACCCCUGCUGUGGGCAGCUCUCAAGGAGACCCUUCGGCUGUACCCCGUGGGGUUAACUGUGCACAGGCGUGUGAAAUCGGACCUGGUGCUGCAGAACUAUCACAUCCCAGCCGGGACAUUGGUCUACUUGUACCUCUACUCCCUGGGUCGAAAUCCCGCUGUGUUUCCAAGACCGGAGCGCUACGACCCCCAGCGUUGGUUGACUAAGCCCUCCAGCACUAACUUCCGUCACUUGGCCUUCGGUUUCGGGGUGCGCCAGUGCUUGGGGCGGCGACUGGCUGAGAUGGAGAUGCUGCUUUUCCUGCAUCAGGUGCUGAAAAACUUCCUCAUCAGUACAGUCUGCUCUGAGGACUUAAAGAUGGUCUUCCGUGUAGUGUUUAUGCCGUCCACCUACCCGCUUCUAACCUUCCAGGCCGUGGACUAG